AUGAGCCAACAGAAGAGGCCAGAGCAGGAAGCCGUCAAGUAUGGCGAUGUUUUUAGUGUCGAGGGAGAACUUGCGGAGAAGACAGUAUCACCAAGGGAUGCAGCGAUGAUGCAGACGGCAGAGAACGCCAUGCUCGGGCAUACCCAGAAGGGCCGUGUGGCCGCAGCCAUGCAGUCGGCCGCCAUGCGCAACGAGAGGGCUGGCCUUGUGGAUCAUAAUGACAUGACCGACAAUGCAGGCGAUCGUGGUGUGAGCAUCACGGCCACCGAUCUUCCAGGAAAGCGUGUAAUCAUCGAGUCGGUCGGCGGACAGGUUGUUGAUCAAUAUAGCCAGCGGCUUCCCUUAGCACCCCCAUCCACAAUGGAACAAGAAGUUAGUGGUGGUGCAAGUGGUGCAAUCACCAUUGGUGAAGCGCUAGAAGCCACUGUCUUGACAGCCGGACAGAAACCUGUGGAGAGAAGUGACGCUGCCGCUAUUCAGGCGGCAGAAGUUAGAGCAACAGGCCGCACCAGUGUAGUACCUGGUGGGGUUGCUGCCGCCGCCCAGUCCGCAGCGACUCAUAAUGCUCGGGCAACAAGGGACGAGGACAAGACAAAGCUUUGCGAUGUUCUUUCGGAUGCGACCUUAAAAUUGCCCUCGGAUAAACCAGCGACACGUCGGGACGCCGAGGGGGUGACGGGUGCGGAGAUGCGAAAUAAUCCAACUCUAACCACACAUCCAACAGGCGUGGCGGCUGCUGUGGCUGCAGCUGCUAGGCUUAAUCACAAUAAAUAA